GGGAAAAGAUGGCAGCGAUAUAAUGUUGUCGGUGUCUCUUGCUAUAAAGCUCUGCUUUUUGUCUGAAACAUAACGGUUAGACUUACGUGUUAUAAUUGCUAGAUUGCUGGUGCUCGCCAUUCAACUCACUUUAUCUGCCUGUAUGUGAAUUGAAUAUUAGAAGCAAAAAAUCUACUAUUGUUACUCGACAAUGGAGAAGAGUAUGAGCAUCGAGAGUCUGCAGUCUAAACCGUCCUCAUCCAGACAGCCAAGUUUGGAUUCAGUGGCGAGUUCUUCCACAUCUCGGUCCGACCAGUCAUCGCUACAAAAGCUCUCUGAUGCAGUAUCCAGCUCUGUAGAGAUGUCCAUGGAGCAUCGGGCACUUGGGAAUUCAAUUAAAGAGGAACCACAGUUUCUUCCAAACGAGUCGAUACAAGACAUGAAUGAAGAGGUCACCUACAUCUGCCCUUUUCUGGGUGCCAUCAGGGGAACCUUGUUCGUGACCAAUUAUAGGCUGUUUUUCAAAUGCACAGAAGGGGAUCCAGCGAUAGUGUUGAAUCUACCCCUUGGAGUGAUCAGCCGGGUGGAGAAAAUCGGAGGACCGUCAAACUGUGGGGAAGUGUCCUAUGGACUUGUGUGCAAGGAUGUACGGAAUCUUCGGUUUGCACACAAAACACAAGAAGGCUCUCUCAAGAAGUCAAUAUUUGAGGUUGUAAUGAAGUUUGCCUUUCCUGCCUCUAAUGGCUUGGAAAUGUUUGCCUUUCAAUAUGGGCUGACUUUCCCUGAGAGUGCGUGGAAGGUGUACGACCCUCUCACAGAAUACAAGAGACAGGGCCUGCCUAACGAGAGCUGGAGAAUAACGAAGGUGAACGACCGCUAUGAGCUGUGUGACACCUACCCCGCUACCCUGGUGGUGCCUGUCACCGCUCCUGAUGAAGAGCUCAGGAGAGUGGCAGCCUUCAGAGCCAAGGGCAGGAUUCCUGUCCUGUCCUGGAUCCACCCGGAGAGCCAGGCCACGGUGACCCGCUGCAGCCAGCCCAUGGUGGGGGUCAACGGCAAACGCAGCAAGGACGACGAGAAGUACCUGCAGGCCAUCAUGGACGCCAACGCCCAGUCCCACAAGCUCUUCAUCUUCGACGCGCGUCCCAGCGUCAACGCUGCGGCGAAUAAGAUGAAAGGGGGUGGCUAUGAGAGCGAGGAUGCCUAUCAGAACGCCGAGCUGGUGUUCCUUGACAUCCACAACAUCCACGUGAUGCGGGAAUCUCUGCGCAAGCUGAAGGAGGUGGUGUACCCCAACAUUGAGGAGUCCCACUGGCUGUCCAAGCUGGAGUCCACCCACUGGCUGGAGCACAUCAAGCUGAUCCUUGCGGGGGCGCUGCGCAUCGCGGACAAGGUGGAGUCCGGGAAGACGUCUGUGGUGGUGCACUGCAGCGACGGCUGGGACCGCACGGCCCAGCUCACCUCUCUCUCCCUGCUGAUGCUGGACUCCCACUACCGCAGCCUGCUCGGCUUCCAGCAGCUGGUGGAGAAGGAGUGGCUGAGCUUCGGGCACCGAUUCCAGCUGAGAGUGGGUCAUGGAGACAGGAACCACUCUGACGCAGACCGCUCGCCCGUCUUCCUGCAGUUCAUCGACUGCGUGUGGCAGCUCACCCGACAGUUUCCUUCAGCAUUUGAAUUCAAUGAGUUCUUCCUGAUCACCAUUCUGGAUCACCUGUACAGCUGCCUUUUUGGAACCUUCCUCUGCAACAGUGAGCAACAGAGAGAGAAGGAGGAGCUUCCAAAGAGGACUGCCUCUCUGUGGUCUUACAUUAACAAGCAGCCAGAGGAGUUCACCAAUCCCCUCUAUGUGGACUACUCCAAUCAUGUGCUGUUCCCUGUGGUCAGCAUGCGCCAUCUAGAGCUGUGGGUGGGGUACUACAUCCGUUGGAACCCUCGCAUGAGGCCCCAGGAGCCGGUGCAGCAGCGCUAUAAGGAGCUCCUGGCCGCGCGUGCGGAGCUACAGAGGAGAGUGGAGGACCUGCGGCGUGGGGCGGCCGGCCGCUCCGGUGCCGCCUCCGAGCGGCUCAGCUCCCCCACGAGCCCUGCCGCGCCCGUGCACUCCUGAACAGGGUGGCGCCAUGUGCCGGACGUGCCGUUGGACAUGUUUUUAGGGGACACCUUGAUUUCACUGAAGGGAAACGCUGCAGAGGUGCAUGCAACAGGACACGGCCCCUCAGCGCUGCCCUGACAGACCUGGGGUCCGCCUCACCUGCCUGGGCGAUGGCAGACCCGAGGUUCUCAGCCAAAGACUCUCACUACACAGCCAUAUUUCACUCCCGUUACCUCCAGGAAGAGUGGGGCCCUAUGCCCUACCUGCCCUCAGCUUUACUGUAAUCACUCUAAUCUCUCAUUUGUUACUGUGGUGUAAACACACCACAGUAACAAAUACUAAAAUAACUUAUGCACUGGAUUAUUCCAACAUUGCUGGAAGCUUUAAAAAAAAAAAAAAAAAAGAAAGAAUGAAAAAAAAGAAAACCAACUAUAGCGUACCUAAUUUAUAGUCAGUAGGUUCGUUUUACUGACAUUUACAAGUUAGCGGCAGCUCUGCUCAGGUAGGUGUAAUUAACACACGCACCGCUCCAGUGGUCCGUUACAGUUGAAACUGCAAAUUCCAGAACGCUUGCUACAUGGCCAAAUUUAGCUAAAUAUAAUUUAUUAUUAGUUACAUUGGAGCUGAAACUAUGCUUCAGCAUUGAGAACUUGAACUUACGAUUAUGCAUUUGUAAGAGGGUGAAAUUUGCUGUCCUGGCUGGACACACAGGGCUGGGCCAAUUGGACUGAAUACGUCAGUGUAAAUGUACAUUUUUUGGGCUAUUUUGGGGGAAAAGGACACAAACUUUAGUGCCUUUUUACAAGUAGUCACAAAGCGCAGCCUGCUUCUGAAGCCUUGUUUGACGCCAGAGCACUUACAAGCUGUUUAUUUAUUAAUACUUACAGCAAAAUGAAUGUUUACACUGUUUAUCCAUUUCAGUGAUUGUCAAGUAACAAAAUGUGUAGUUACUUGAAUUUGCAUUGAGUAACUAAACGGUUCCUACACGUAAAAAGGGGGGGGGGGGACCCAUUUGUCUCGCAUUUUGUGACUGCAAGAUUGCUUACUGUAUGUAUUGAAAGUAGUCAGCUAUUCUGAACACCAAAUCCUUGAUUUGUCUGAAUCCCAUGUAAUGUAUGCUUGAGUGACUGAAUGUCACGGGGAACCUUUCAGAAGGUUGGAAAGGGGGAUUGCAUUUAGUGUUUUGCUUGCCUGAGUGCUGCCCAGGCGCAACCCAAAUGGUUGGUGGAUGGAUUGGGAAGGCAGGCCAUUUGGGGAAAUUGGUUGUUUUCAGGUGAGUGAGUAGUUAAGAUUCCACCUGUUUGCAAGAUCUGAGAUGGAAGUAAUUGUCUCUGCUGCUAAUUAACAGGAUCUGUGAAUGUGUUCAUGCUAGCUGCAUUUCAAUUAUUGUGAAUUUAUGCAACUGCCAAUAUCUUGAGCAACUUGCCUAACAGGAGCAGUCUUUACCUAAUGGGAACAGUGUUAAAGUUAAUUAAUAACCAUGGUCUGGUGUUCAAUUCAGACAAGUGUGCUUAAAACAAAAUAGUGGUAACUGGUCUAAAUGCAUGUUAAGGCAUAUGUGAACAGUUAUAAUUCACUAUUUUUGGACCACACAGCUUUGCUACAUCUGCCAUUCAUACUUAAGUAGAUGCAAACUGCAAAAUUUGGGCUCUUCAAAUCGUGAUUUUUGCUGUUGUGGCUACAAAAUAAAAUAGGUGAUUGCAUGUAGCACUACAAUCCUGUGAUACCGUGACUGGAAGAUGUAAAAAUAAAUCAAAAUAACUGAUUUGA